AUGAAGCUGUCAAUCAAGGAACUCGUGCUUGCCCCGCUGCUCACGCUGCUGUUUUGCAUGCUCGCCAACGUGUCUUCGGCGCCGCUUCCACCUCGACGUCAGAUCAACUAUCCAGCUCCGCUCUACCGAAAUGCGCCGCGACCCGUGGAGUUCUCCAGCAGCCCUACUCAAUACGAACGGCUCUACCGUUCGAUCGUGGAGCCUCUUGAACUUUACCUUGACUCGCCACACGAAUACGCUAACGUUUACGGCGUUCAUGGCAACACGCCUAUCAACCACUAUGACAUUGAAAACUAUGUGCAUGCGGUGAACAAUCAUCCGGCGUACAUCUCGCCUCGCUCGCACCGUCAACUGGAUGGAGCUGUCAACCAGAUGGUUGAGCUGUUGGCACGUCAUGAUGCUCCUACGCCGAUCGAGCAGCGCCGAUUCCUGGCAAAGUUCGAGGACGUCGCUCGCCAGGCAACCACCGACAUUCAGACCGCACUCCACCCGGAAAAUGCGGCUGCACAACAUGCAGUUGCGGUCGAACAACUGCUGAACAAGUACAAAACCAUGUCCGACUGGCUCAAGACCAACAACAAUAUCGACAAGUUGACCAACCAGAUUGGAUGA